GUAGUACUACCAGCAGCAACAACAAGAACAUGUGAGCCAGGAUCCAGAAAACCUUUUUCUAUUUUGACUCUCUCAGUCGUGUGUAGGUCACGACUGACAAACUCUUCCUGCCAACCGUUCUUGAAAAAGUAACGUCCUGUCUUUCCCACCCAAUCUUCGGACGAAGAAAAUCACAAACGUUCUUGACACAACGAAAUCAUCCAUCGUCAAACACGGUUCUGAUAGAGAUUUUUGCUUCAUAGUUGCAACAAAUAUUAGAUCUAACCAUGUCGUCGUCCACAAGUAACGAGAAGACCUCCGCAGUCUUGACGGAAGAUCCAAAGUCAUGGAUCGGAAAAUCAUUAGUAUCCGUAACCCAAAUCACGCCGAAGGGUUUUGAUUUCCUAGUCACAAUCGCUCAACAGAUGAGAGACAUCGUUCGGUCGGAAGGCGGAGAUGAUCGACUGAAACAUAAAUUGCUUGCAACUAUUUUUUACGAAGCCUCAACUCGAACUUCUUGCAGUUUUCAAGCCGCAAUGAUGAGAUUGGGUGGGAAAUUUCUUCACGUGGACGGGAAUGGAAACUCGAGCGCCGCGAAGAAGAAAGAAUCCCUGGAAGAUACCAUCCGUUGUUUGGAGUGUUAUGUCGAUGCCAUUGUUCUGCGGCAUCCCCUAACUGGAUCCGUGCCCAAGGUCGUCCAAGCAACAACGAAGCCUGUUCUGAAUGCAGGUGAUGGAAUCGGGGAACAUCCUACACAGGCCCUCUUGGAUUCCUUUACUAUUUGGGAUGAACUCAAGGAAGAUCCAAAGGUUGUUGUUUUCUUGGGAGAUCUAAAACAUGGAAGGACUGUCCACUCAUUAGCGAAAUUGUUAUCCCAGUUGCGUCCACAAUCUGAUUUGGUCUUGCGAUUCUGCUCUCCGUCAAGUCUAGUGGUACCGGAAUAUAUUAUUGAAUAUUGCAAAAAUAAUGGGGUUGCAACCGAACUCUUUGAAAAUCCCACCGAAGCCUGCAAGGGUGCACAAGUCUUGUAUGUGACGAGGGUCCAGAAAGAACGCUUUGAAACCGAAGAGGCGUACGAAAGUGUGAAGGGUUCAUAUGUAAUCGACAAGGCAUUUAUGGAGUUGGCACCAAAAAAUAUGAUCGUCUUGCAUCCAUUACCACGGGUCGAUGAAAUUGCGACAGAAGUAGAUACCGAUCCAAGGGCGGCGUAUUUCCGACAAAUGGAAAACGGCAUGUAUGUUCGAAUGGCACUCUUGGCUCUAGUAAUGGGAAAAUCUAGUCCAUGAGAGACUUGAGUUCUUCUAUAUGCGGACUGCAUUCAUUGAAUUCUGUGUGUAUCAUCAUUGCAAGAUCCUAGAUACCAUAUGAAUAAUAUUCAAAUGAGCAACGGGAAACAUGAUCUUCGGCCGUUUUUAAUAUUGAAAGGAAUCAUUAAUGUAAUGCUUAACAUAUUUUUUAUAACACAAUAUAAGAACGCUUCAUCG